GAGAAAGGCGGUGUGCCUGAGCUCCGCCUUGUUACACAGAGACACAGACACGCCCAUCAAACCAGCAGCACACACACCAGUGACCAGCAGCAGCAUAGCUAGGACUGGACUCAGUAACCUCAGUGCAGCAGUCACUGGGCACGGGAUCCCCGCACGCAGCCGCCGCUGCUAGCCGUGUGUAGUAUGUGCCAGCAGCAGGCUGCAGGCAGCGUGGCCGCGGCGCUAGCAGGUUCCCUCUCCCCGCUUCGGGGCCGGCGUCGGACUAUUUAGUGUGGCGUCAGCUAGGAUCUGAGCAGCAGACAUGCCGGGUAGCGACACAGGGAUAGCCGUGGACAGGACCUACUCUGACCCGGAGAGGCACCAGAGAAUAAAGACACGGGUGGACAGGUCUGAUAUGAACACACUCAGCUUGCCUCUAAACAUCAGAAGGGGAGGAUCCGAUACCAACCUUAACUUUGAUAUACCGGAUGGCAUCUUAGACUUUCACAAAAAUAAACUCUCUGCUGACAGAUUGAAACAAAAAAUCCUCAAAGUCACUGAGCAGAUUAAAAUUGAACAAAGUGCCCGUGAUGGCAAUGUGGCGGAGUACUUGAAACUAGUGAAUAGCGCUGACAAGCAGCAAGCAGGUCGAAUUAAACAGGUAUUUGAGAAGAAGAACCAGAAAUCUGCUCACUCGAUAGCACAGCUACAGAAGAAACUAGAGCAGUACCAUAAAAAGUUAAAGGACAUAGAGCAAAAUGGUGCUACAACCAAAAGUACGAAGGAUAUUUCCAAAGAUAAUCUGAAAGAUCUGCAACAUUCUUUAAAAGAUGUAAACAUCAGUUCUCGGCCGAACGCACCAGUGGACGCCUGUAAAAUGGGUAUGCCGGGCGUAUCUUUGACUCCACCUAUGUUUGUAUUCAACAAAUCAAGGGAGUUUGCGAAUCUAAUUCGUAAUAAGUUUGGAAGCGCUGAUAACAUUGCUCAUCUCAAAAAUUCUCUUGAUGAUUUUCAUCCAGAAAACAAUCCCAGGAACCUGAGUGGUAGUGCAACCAUAGUGGCCAAACCCAAGUAUGUAAGUGAUGAUGAGUGUUCUAGUGGGACAUCCGGUUCUGCAGACAGCAAUGGAAACCAGGGAUUUGAUGCAGGAAGGACAAAUACUGGUUAUAGUCAAGAUCUUGCCAUGUUUCUAGAUGAGCUGCGAGAACUACGAGAGGCUCAGUCUCAGCUCUCUGAAGACAUUGGGACACUUAAAGUGCAGUUUAAGAGAGACUAUGCUAUUAUUUCACAAACCUUACAAGAUGAAAGAUACAGGUAUGAAAGGCUUGAAGACCAACUAAAUGAUCUGACUGACCUACACCAGCAUGAGACGACCAACUUAAAACAGGAUCUGGCAAGCAUUGAAGAAAAGGUUGCCUAUCAAGCUUAUGAAAGAUCUAGAGAUAUUCAGGAAGCUUUGGAAUCGUGUCAGACCCGUGUCUCUAAACUGGAGCUCCAUCAGCAAGAACAACUAGCUGUACAGUCUGAGACUGUGAAUGCCAAAGUACUUCUGGGCAAAUGUAUAAAUAUACUCCUGGCCUUAAUCACAGUCAUCCUGGUUUUUGUAUCUACAAUUGCCAAGUUCACAGCUCCAAUGAUGAAGAGUCGUUUUCACAUAAUGUGUACUUUCUUUGCAGUGACACUGUUUGCAAUUCUUUGCAAAAACUGGGACCAUAUAUUAUGUGCCCUAGAACGUAUCCUCAUGCCAAGCUGAACACUCUGUGCACAAACCUUUAAUUGUUUUUUCAUUGAUGGAUUUUAAAAGGCCCUUCAAGUGGAUUCUUUUUACCAGCUGGCAAUUGAUUUCACAGUCAUUUGCGAAGUAUACUGUUUGCACCAGUCUUGGCAUGCGCACCUUCAUAUGUUGCCUUAAAGUUGCAAAUCUGCAUUUCUGUCUUUAAGUGACAACCAUGAGAAGGUGGAUCUGUAAAAUGUUGAUUUCUGUGCACCACACUGGAACAAUAUUCUGACUCUUGAGUUUCUCAGCCUGAGGUUGAAUUAAUUUAGCCUACCAAAGCUUUUCUUGCUUAAUAUUAAGUUUCAGAACAUGCAUCUAUUUGUGCUAUCUGAUCAGAUACAUUGAGUUUUUGUGGCAAAUACUUCAUCUGUGUGCUCUUUUUAUAUGUUUUUCCACUGUUAAGAGUGUACACCCAAAAUGUAUUCCUCAUAAUUCUCUAUACUAAAUGGCAUCAAAACUUAAA